AUGAAACCCCUGGGGGCGUUGAUGCUGCUACUACUCUCCCUGACCCACGGACGGACACAGACACAGCCGGCGACGGAGAAACCGACACAGGCGGAGACGCAGACACAGACACACAGGGGGACAGAGGAGGGAGGGGAAUGUCCAGCAGAAUCGCGCCUGGGUCCGAUCUGUCAGAUGAAACUGGGCGAGAGAUGUUCCCACCAUGAUGACUGUGAGAUCUGGCAGAGCUGUUGUGACGCCGGCUGUGGGAAGAGAUGUGUGAUGGACCUCAAGACGGGAGGCCAGGAGGGAACAUGUCCACACUCGUCCAGGCUGCACUACGUGUGCAAGAUGAACUUCACUGCCCCGUGUGAUGGGGACCAUUCCUGUGGCCACUGGUCCUCCUGCUGUCACACCCAGUGUGGUCCCAGAUGUGUGCCUGAGUGCAUGUCAACAGUGCUGCCUAAGAAAUGCCCGGAAAUUUCCAAAGUCUCGAUUCUGUGCAAGAGAAACUUCAGUCAGGCCUGUGAGGAGGAUGAUGAUUGCAGUUUCCAGAAACAGUGCUGUGAUAUUGGAUGUGGCAAGAAAUGUGUCUACGCUUUCACACAAGGUGAGAACGUCUCCAAGAGACGUCCUACAGUACCCAACUGA